AUGGCUACUGAAGGCAUCGUAGAACCCAUGACGAGAGACUUCGCCUCACCGUCCAACCUUACACGAGCAUCAUCGGACUCCAGUGUCUCAGGACACACAGCCGUGGAGCAUGAGAAGUCCCGGCGUCUCACACGGGAGCCAACACGCGAUGGCGCCGACGUAGUCAACCUUCCUAUCCGAACGCUCAGCAACGAAGCCAACUUGGACGAGUAUACUCAAGAGACAAUCGAUGGUCAGAUAUCUAGAAUCCACACGAACAAGACGGGUAAGAUCGAGCGAUAUGAGUUGGUCACAUGGAAGAUCGAUGACCCGGAGAACCCCAAGAACUGGUCGAAAGCGUACAAGUGGUGGUGCACAAUGUGCGUUGCUAUCACUUGCUUCGUCGUGGCCUUCAACUCUGCUGUUGUCACUGCGAAUCUUGCAGGCGUCUCGGAGACCUUUAAUGUCAGUGAGGAGGUCUCUCUUCUGACUAUUACUUUGUUCGUUAUCGGUUUCGGUGUUGGUCCCAUGGCCUUUGCGCCUUUCUCAGAGAUCUGGGGUCGUCGCCCGAUCUACGGUGUCACACUCUUCUUCGCUGUUGUAUUCACCAUUCCUGGAGCCGUCGCGCAGAACAUCGGCACCCUCCUAGUCACCCGUUUCAUCGCUGGUGUGGCCUUCUCUGCGCCUAUGUCUCUAGUCGGUGGAACACUGGCCGAUCUAUGGAAGAACGAGGAGCGAGGUGUGCCAAUGGCAGCGUUCUCUGCUGCUCCUUUCAUCGGACCCGGUGUCGGUCCUCUUGUCGGUGGCUUCCUCGGCGAUGCCAAGGGCUGGCGGUGGCUCUACUGGAUCCAGCUCAUCCUCUCCGGCGUGGCCUGGAUUCUCAUCACCUUCACCGUGCCUGAGACCUACACUCCCACACUGCUCGCCAAGCGGGCCAAGAAGAUGCGCAAAGAGACUGGCGACGACAAGUACGUCACUGAGCAGGACAUCGAUACGCGCCCUUUCAGCCAGCGCCUCACCCUCUUCCUCAUCCGACCUUUCCAGCUCCUCUUCCGCGAACUCAUCGUCUUCUUCAUUUCCCUGUACAUGUCCGUCCUCUACGGCCUACUGUACAUGUUCUUUGUCGCCUACCCAAUCGUCUACCGAAAAGGCAAGGGUUACUCCGCCAGCUCAACAGGCUUAAUGUUUAUCCCACUAAUCGUCGGCGUCCUGAUGAGCGCCGCCUGCGCCCCGCUCGUCAACAAGCACUACAUGAAGCUCGUUCACAAGCACAACGGCAAGCCGCCGGCCGAAGCCCGUCUGUACCCCAUGAUGAUGAGCUGCUGGUUCAUCCCCAUGGGUCUCUUCAUCUUCGCUUGGACAUCGUACCCCGACCUGCACUGGGCGGGCCCCGCGUUCGGCGGCUUCCCCGUCGGCUUCGGAUUCAUCUUCCUGUACAACUCGGCGAACAACUACCUCGUAGACUCGUACCAGCACCAGGCGGCUUCGGCGCUGGCGGCCAAGACGUUCAUCCGCAGUUUCUGGGGCGCGGCGGUCGUGCUGUUCACGAAUCAGAUGUAUGGCCGCUUGGGUAAUCAGUGGGCGAGUACGCUUCUGGCGCUCAUUGGGCUAGCAUGUUGUGCGAUUCCGUUUGUGUUUUUUGCGUAUGGCGCCAAGAUUCGCGCGCAUUCGCAUUAUGCUUAUAGUGAGGAUGAGGAGAAUGACGGCGGGAAGCAGGCGGCGUAG